AAAAUCUGAUCACCUGUAGACUCGGUUUCCGGCGGGGGAUGUCCGGUGACGCACGCCAUCUGCGGGUCUGGAUAUCAAAGGGCUGAGAGUAACUAAAGUGAAGUAGGAGUACAGGAGAGUAAUCCCAUUACUACCGGGCUGGCUGCUAUAAAGGAGCGCGUGCCGGGCUCUCUGGACAGGAGAACGCACGAGACCGCAGAAAGAGGAGAAGUUGUUGCAGAGGCUGAGCGCGCGCAGAGCUUUGAAGACAGUUGGCUGGAUCCCGCCACAACGUUUUGACGCACGCACGCACUAUGGACUACUGUUGAGCUCUGUGAAGAAGCAGUGCGCGCACAGAACAGCUGCUGCUCGUGGCUCCAACCUUCGGCUACUCGUUUUGUUUUUUUUUCCGAAGUCGGUUAUCAGCGGUUAUCUGAACAGAACAGUGAGUCUAACUUAUUCGAACUGCGUCGAAGAACAGCGUCGGCAUGAUGAAGUUCCUGCUGUUAGCAGUUUUAGUGGCUCUUCUCGCCGUCGCCCAAGUUUUUGGUGAGGAAAACGACAUAAAAGAAGAUGCUGACUACUGGACGAGCAGUAAUCAAAUUCAGGACGGCUGGCUUGCCAACAACCCUUUCAGAGAAGCCCUGCUGAGGAUGACGAGAAAGCCGCGGCCGCGUCAGUUCAUCGGUCUGAUGGGGAAACGCUCCAUGGCAAAUCCACAGAUCACCCGCAAAAGGCAUAAAGUCAACUCUUUUGUUGGACUGAUGGGAAAAAGAAGCCAAGAGGAGCCAGAGUCCUAUGACUGGAGCACAAUACAGACGUACGACAAGCGUCGCUAAACAGUCACCCCCCAUCCCCCCCAC